CGGAGCGAGGCUAGGGUAGGGGAGGCCGAUCGAGCAGGAGUCGUCCGCUUGUGGAGGAAGCAGCUGGGAGCUGGCGAGAGCGUGAGCGGGCGGGCCGGCGAACGAGCGAGCGAGGGAGCGAGCGGGCGCAGGCGGGGGGGGGGGAGCGGCGCACGGCGCGGAGCAGCGCCUCGCCUGCCCGGGCCGCGGCGGAGCCUCUGCCGGAGGGCAGCCCGAGCGGGCGCCUCGGUCCCCGCCCCCACUCGGCGGGGCAGUGCCCGGUGUUGCCCCGUGCGGGGGGCGGCGGCGGCGGCGGCGGCGGCGGCUGAGCGGACCCCACGGGACCGCGCGGGUGUUGCCACCUCGGCCGAGGAGCCGGCGCGGCCGCGGGGCCCUGCGAGCUGGGCCCGGGGCCCGUGACAGACGGGCCGAGGAGGGGAGAGAGGCGGCGGCGGCGCAGGCGACGGGGAGGCAGCGGCGGCGGCGACACCAUGUCAUCCCCGAGUCCCGGCAAGAGGCGGAUGGACACGGACGUAGUCAAGCUCAUUGAAAGCAAACAUGAGGUUACAAUUCUAGGAGGACUCAAUGAAUUUGUUGUCAAGUUUUAUGGACCACAGGGAACACCAUAUGAAGGCGGAGUGUGGAAAGUUAGAGUGGAUCUUCCUGACAAAUACCCUUUCAAAUCUCCGUCUAUAGGAUUCAUGAAUAAAAUUUUCCACCCCAACAUUGAUGAAGCGUCAGGAACUGUGUGUCUAGAUGUAAUUAAUCAAACUUGGACAGCUCUCUAUGAUCUUACCAAUAUAUUUGAGUCCUUCCUUCCCCAGUUAUUGGCCUACCCUAACCCCAUAGACCCUCUCAAUGGUGACGCUGCAGCCAUGUACCUCCACCGGCCAGAAGAAUACAAGCAGAAAAUUAAAGAGUACAUCCAGAAAUAUGCAACGGAGGAGGCCCUGAAGGAACAGGAAGAGGGCACUGGCGACAGCUCGUCGGAGAGUUCUAUGUCUGACUUUUCAGAAGAUGAGGCCCAGGACAUGGAGUUGUAGUAGAAAAGCAUCUGCUUUUCAGAAAGACUAUUAUUUCCUAACCAUGAGAAGCAGACUAUAAUAUUCAUAUUUAAACAAAGCAAUUUUUUUUAUUACUAAACAAGGUUUUUAUGAAUAAUAGCAUUGAUAUAUAUAUAUUAUAUAUCACCCUUUAGAUCUUGAUUUCUUGGUCAUUUCUCAACCUGAGGUGCAUAGCAUAUUCCCACAUUCCAUUUUGGUAGCAAUAUGCGGUCUGAAUGCAUGCAUUCAUAAGUCCAUUUGGCCAAGUCAGCCUGUGUGCUACUGAGCUGUCAAGAGAUUGCCGCUCUGAUAGGUAAAUGCAAGUAAAACAGGAAAAGUUGCUUCUUUUUAUUGAUGGUUCCAAAGAAAAAACCAAAUCUACCAGCUCUUGGAUGAAGAUAGAACAGUGCUUUUCCAGAGUGAAAGGGACAGGUUGAGAGGAAGAGGCAAGCUUUAGGAGCAUGUAAAGCUAGCCGUGCACACAUCAGCUGCUCCCGGGUCCUCAGUGGCCUUUCCCAGGAGCAGUGUGACACGGAAUUGAGUGACAAGUGAGACUUAGAACUUUUUUUUUUUUUUUUUUUUUUUUUUUGACUCAGAUUUAAGUGCAUUUUUCUAGAUAGAUUCCUGCCCUCUGUGCUGCCAGACCUGCAGUCACACUGGUUUUGCUUUGGAGAACCUUUUGGAGUGUUUUCUGAACCCAAUUCUUUUUUCUUGGGGUACAGCUUGUCAUCCAGAUGUUUUUUUGAGAGAACAGGACUGGAGGAGAAAAGUGGACGAUGCAGUUACAUCUAUCCUAUCCCGGCGCUGGGCCCCACCCAAUUACAUCUAUCCUAUCCUAUCCCAGCGCUGGGCCCGCUGGAGACCACUGCCCUGAGCUGCAAAAACUGGAAGCAGUUUUUGUUUGGUGUCUUUUGUUCCUUUUUUUUUUUUUUUUUUUUUUUUUUUUUUAAAUGUGACUUGAACUUGGACAGGUUACAGAUUUAAUUUUACCUACUAAGAGACUGUCUCCUCCCUGGACAAGGCACUCGGUGGACCAUCAGAUGGAGGAGGACUGGCCUCGAGGCUUGAGCCCUGCACAAUCCUUUGAACUCCAGUCUUAGUUUUCUCUCUGACAGCUGCUCCUGGCAGCAGCCCAGUUGCCAACUGCUUAUGGGAGAGGGAAGUGUGGGUUUCUGAGACCCAAAACAUCCUAAAUUUAAAAGGGUAAUAAUUGAAUCAGAUGGAAGUUGUGCGCAGUAGUGUCAGGUGGGGAGGAGCCACUUGUUCUGUGACUGAUGAGGGAGAAGGGGUGAGAGCCAUGAGUAGGCAGGUAGGGAGGGAGGGGAGGAGGCUUUCUCCCUCUGUGUCAGCUGGAAGCCUAGCCUGCUGCUGCCCAGCGCCUGCUCAGCUAACUGCCACCCAGAGGGCCCAGCAGUUUCCAUCUGACUCUGAGGGGUUUGGAGACAGUGUAGACAACAGCUCUGUAUUCUUUCUGCUGAAACCUGAACAGUAGAAGUAGCCAGUCCUAGGACCUUCUGAAGACAUUGAAUGUCCCACUGGACUAACUUUUCCUUCCAUGUGUUUAGUGUAGAAGUGCUGUAUCCCACAGGGUUCAAGUCUGUGAGAUUGGGAGACACCUCUCUCUCUCUCUCUUUUAAUUCAGAAAGCACAAUCAGUCUUUCCUUUGAAAAUCUAUAUAAAGUACAACUUUUAGCAUGAUUAUUUUCCUAAAUAAAAAGACAAAUAAUUACUUAUUUUAUGUUGAUUACGGGCAUGAAGCGAAAGGUUUUCUUUGGGAAAUGCAGUCUGUGGGGCUGUGGUGGGUUCACUGUGCUGUCCUCUCGGGCACCCUGCCUGUUGGAAGGUGGGUUCAGCUGUGCCGUGUAACGCUGUGUGCUGUAAUGCUGUGCUUACCUGGCAUGCUGUCUUCUGUUUGGGGAAGGAGGAGCUCUGCUAACACUUCCACCUUGUUUCCCUUGAGGACUAGCAGUUUGCUCAUGCUGUAACCUUUACUGUAGGUGCUACUUAGGGUAGGCUUAAAGUGCUGGGUGGUGAUUUUGAGUUCAAACAAUAAAAAAAUGUAUUUUUUCAAUACUGUAUAAAAAUAGUAUUCUAAUUACCUUCCC